GACAAUAAUGAAAUUGUGGCCACAGAAGAUCCAGAUGUACGACCAGAUUUACCAAAUAUGCCUUCCACUGGCGAUUCAUCCGAAGAGGACGAAGGGCCAGAUGAUCCAGAAAGCCAUCGUGGCUUAUCACACGAUGGGGAACCUUCUGCCAGUAUCCCAUCAUCUUGUGGAGAAACGCCGUUAACUACCGUGAAAUCUCCAGGAUCUUCCGAUAUCGCAGGUGCUACUCAACAGACAAAUUCAGACGAUUUGAUUCACCAGGAAUGUGCUGCAGAUAUAACUCAACUGAUUCGCAGUUUGUCACCUCUGCCUAAAUUGGCAGCUCCCCGUAGCAGAAAGCGGAAAUCAGAGGAGGCAACACUGCUGACAGCGUCCCCUUAUAAAGAUCAGCUGGUUGAGAAACAGAACAUGAAAGCUUUGAAGGACAAGAAAGGGAAGUCGACUGGAAGCCGCAGAAAGGGCAAGGCAACAACAAUCAAAAAGCCCAGAGGUACCAAACAUCAGGGAACUCAGUGCGAAGACAGUGACGAGGAUGGAGACGACCAGUGGCCUUGCCUUAUUUGUAGUGAACCAUUUUCGCGUUCGCGAUCUAAAGAAGUGUGGGUGCAGUGCAUGUGCUGUGAACAAUGGGCACACGAGGAAUGCACUGCUGGCGACGUGUGUUUUGUUUGCCCGAACUGUGACUCAGGUGAUUCUGAGAGCUAAAUUUGUG